GAGCAUUUCCAUUAUAUUUACUCUGAAAUAAUGACGACCGAAAAAGAAAGAGGAAAUAAUGGGCAUGCCUAAAAAUCUGAACCUUUUCCAUGUGUUCAUCGCCCUCCUCUGUUUUUCCCGCCCAAGACUCGGCACGGCACAAGGGAACAGCUCGUCGGGGAAUAAUAAUAAUCCAUGCGAAAGCUACGGCGUCUGUGGCCCGUUUGGGAGCUGCGACCCAGAAGCCUCACCUAUUUGUUCUUGCUUGCCCGGAUUCGACCCCAGGAACAGCCAGCAAUGGCACGCCGGGAACCGGACCGGUGGGUGCCGGAGGAGGGUCCCGCUGGCGUGUGACCAGGCCGCCGCCGCCAAUGGCACAGCUCUGGGGUGUUGGGGGAGAAGCAACAAGUAGGAUACGACACCUACAAGGAUCAACUUCAAGACAACCAACCAAACACUUAACCCAAUUUACCACAAUUGAUUAACCAAGCACACAAAAUCAGCAACACAUCAAAUAAACCACAACCAAAUAUGAAGAAUAAAGAUGCAAACGACACACGAUUUUUAUACGUGGAAAACCCCUUCGAUGUGAAGGAUAAAAACCACGGGACUUAUAGGGAGUCCGC